AUGUGUUUUGGCAUCAAUGUGGCUCCAACAAUAAUGACCACAAUUCUUCGGCAUGUGCUCAAUUUAAAUCCAACCGUAAAGAAAGCAUGUGAUAACUACAUUGAUGAUAUAUUUGUGGAUGAAAGUGUGGAAACUGCGAAAAAUGUAGCGAAGCAUCUGCUUAAAUUCGGAUUACAAUGUAAACCGCCACAAGAUCUUGAACAAGGACGUGUCUUAGGAUUGAGAGUCGAAAGAAAUAAAAAUGGGGAACUGAUAUGGAAACGAGACAAUGUAGAACAAUUCGAAUCUUUAAAUGCAGUCACACGAUCACAGCUUUUCAGCCAGUUAGGCAAACUUAUUGGACAUUACCUAGUGGCAGGAAGUUUGCGUUUACAAGCUUCAUACAUCAAACGUUUAGCUGGAAAUAUACCUUGGUGUGAUUUUAUUUCUGAAGAUUGUAAAGAAAAACUGAAAGAGUUGCUUUACCGUGUGGAAAAAGAGGAUCCGGUUGGUGGAAAAUGGCUGGUACCAGUUAAUGGAAAAGCUGAGCUUUAUUGUGAUGCAUCAUUUAUAGGACUUGGGGUAGUUCUGCUCAUUGGUGGAGUAGUUGUUGAAGACGCAGCAUGGCUACGGCCAGCGAGUGACACACACCAUAUCAAUAUAAGUGAACUGGAUUCUAUACUUCGAGGACUAAACUUAGCUAGUAAGUGGGGCAUAAAAGAGUUAACAGUAUACAGUGAUAGCAAGAGCACCGUAGGAUGGUUAAACGCAGUUUUGAAGGAAGAAUAUCGCGUAAAAACUCAGGGAAUUUCUCAAUUGUUAAUCGCAGUACGAUGGAUUCCAUCUGAGAUAAAUUUGGCUGAUCGACUCUCACGAAUCCCUCAAAAAUGGUGCAGAACAGUGUGUGCAGCUGGAUUACUUGAACAAAAAGACAUAUGGAAAAUUCAUUUAAUUGGUCAUUUUGGUGUUGCUCGAACAUUACAACUUUGCUUGCGAAAUAAUCAGAAUGUAUCACGUAAGGAGGUUUCAGCAUUAAUUGCGAAUUGUAACCAGUGUAACUCCAUUGAUCCUUACUCCGUAAAGUGGAAGAAUGGCCAACUGAGCGUAGAAAAAAAUUGGAAUCGGGUUGCCAUUGACGUGACGCAUGUAGGUGCUGAACUGUACUUAUCAAUGAUUGACUGUGGUCCAUCACGGUACACAAUAUGGCGUAAAUUUGCAACUAAAGCAGCUGCUGAAGUUGUUGGUAGACUCGAAGAAAUAUUCUCUUCAUUUGGUCCGCCAGUAUGUCUUCUAAUGGACAACGAAUUUCGGUCAAACACGUUAACAAGUUUUGCUGAAGAAAGGCAUGUUAAUUUGGAAUAUCGAGCAGCACAUCGAGCUCAAGGUAAUGGUAUAGUUGAACGUAUACACAGAACGAUAAAAAGAACGGUCGCUCGCUCACAUUGUUCAAUCGCUCUGGCAGUCUUGCUGUACAACGAGACAAUAUCAUCCAAUUGUACUGAAAGUCCAUCCAAGCAAUUCAAGAAAAGAUUGACAUGUUUCAUCCCAGGCAUCGAUACUCGGAGGAAGGUAGACGAGAAAGGCGUAAGCAAGAAAUUCAAGAAAAAAACCAACUCAAGAAACAAAAUGUGA